UUGUGUCUCCGCAAAUGACUCAUCCAACAACCACCACAACCAUAAGCAGACAACAGGACCACCUCUGCCCGCCCUUGCUGCUCAGAGACACAAGGGCCCAUCCCUAGACAGAGAGCAGCGUCAAGUCUGCUCCUGCAUUGACCAGAAGCACGCGGAAGAAACAAGGCAAGAGACAUGGAACCCGUCAAGCGGUGUGUCCGCUGCAAACAAAAGAAGAAGGGCUGUUCGCGCGGCAGCCCUUGUGAACGCUGUGCUUUGGCUGGCUUGACUGCUGAAGAGUGCAUCUACCUUCCUGAAGACGCGACUUAUCGAUCGCCAGUCCGGAAGAGACAGCAGCAGCAACAUCAUCAUCAGCCCAAAGUCACCUACCUCUCCACCUCGCUUGGUAAAGAAUACACAGCAACGGAGAUCCAGCGAUGCAGUCGGUGCAUCCGUACAGCGCGUGGCUGUGACCGCAAUAGACCCUGCGGACCCUGUGCAGCAGGUGGCCUGACAGAAUGGGAGUGUCGCUACACCUCCGCCUCAUCCUUCAAAGUACGCGGUCCAGGUAAGAAACAGGAAGGUUCACCCCUCGUACACGCGCUCGAUGCAGACUCCUUCAAGAAGCAAGUGAGAAGUGGUAGCACAGGUGCCUUGCCGGAUAAAAAGUCAUUGCUGGUCCCUGCAGACUACCGGACACCCUCGCCUCCAGGCAACGUCAGUCCCAUCUCGGAUACGUGGGAAGAAGCGGUUGCUGACGAAGAGUCUCCUGUGCUUUCUAGGCUAUCUGUUGCUGUACCCAUCCCAGGUAAACCGCAGGAAGUGGUUGCGCAGCCUCGCCAGCCAAGCAGUCAUCCAGAGUACCCAAACAUGAUGGAACGUUUAUACUCGCAGCACUCGAAUGUACCGGAAUCCUCACCGCGUGUCUUGGCGGAAGACUACCAAUCCUCGCCGUCACCCUUCAACUCACCGCCCUUCCAGUCAUCGCCGCCUGUGUAUGGAUAUCCGUUGGAUCCCAGCCAAUACCAGGAAUCCGCACUGGUUCGUGCACACAGACAAGCACAGCAGCAGCAACCGUACGUUCAGUAUGGGUUUGGCAGUGGCACCUAUGCCGGCAUGUCCACGAGUCCACAACCCAACCCAUACUUAUACCCACCACCGCGAAGUAUGGCUGGAUCGCCCAACACUGCAUCGGCCAUGACGGCAACGCCUCAAGCCAACACUGCUCAACGACGCAUUCUAGGCAGUCCCCAACAACGGCACUCGCCACAACCAUACUUGGUCCCCUCGCGUCGCGGUAGUGGCGUCGGCCCACAUCAGGGACAACUCGGUUCUUUAUCCGGCUCACCACUCGGCUACAACUUACAGCAACAACAUGUUCAGAAACAAGCAGCCGCUCAACAAAUGUCACGCUCAGUGAGUAAUUCUCGACUUGCUGAAACUGGUGGUGUGCCUAUUGCCGGACAACAAAGCAGAACCGGUGGACCUGUACGGUCCGUGUAUGGCUCACCGAGUGCCGCUGCGAGUAGUGGUGAAUUACGCAGUUUGGCUGCACAGCAUCAAUUGCAACAACAGCAGCAGUAUCAGUUGCUGCAUGAGCAAGCACGGAUACAGCAGCAGCUACAACAACAGCUCCAACAACAAACCUAUGUACAGCAGCAAUCUCGUCAGGUGGCAGCGCAGCACCAGACAGAUUUGCUACAGCCGCCGCCCUUGCAAGAACAUGAUGGCUUGUUUGGCCAUGCAGCGUAUCAACAUCUCAGUGGAAGUUCAGAAAGCAUUGAUGGGGAGUUUCCAUUGUUUGGAGAGGCAGAGAUGGAGGGCGAAGAGUAGUGUUGGGUUGGGUUUUCCUUUUCUCUUUUUGGUUUCCUUAGUAGCGUUAGCCAUAGCAAUCGUUUUCCUGUCGCUUCGAUGCUUCCUCAUGAUCUCUCAACAUGUCCCUCAGCUCGCCUCAUGCCCGUGAAGAUGGUCUGCAUUGCCAAGAGACCAUGCCAUCUGAGCAGGUUGAUCGCGUUGCACCUCGAAAAGCAAAUGUUGGCUUGCCUGAGUCCUGUAGAAGAGCUGAGAAUCUGCUAUAGACUGAGGGACUGUUUGGUUGUUAGACGAUGCGGACCAGGCAAAGUCCAACAAGCUACUUCGUGUUGAUGGAUCUGCAGCUGCCACUGUCUGAUCCAAAAGCGAACGAGGCUGCCUUCUGGUAUACUAGCUUUUGU